AUGUCAAAAAAGUCUUAAAUUUUUGAAUUUAAGGAUGACAUUAAUGGAAGAGUGCCAGUCGUAUUCUAAUGGAGUUUCGACUUCAAUUUCUUGGUUUGUGGAGGAGACAAAUCUCUAGUUUACGUGAUUGAUAAACGAGGGAAGCGUCUAAAGGAUAUUCAAUUGCCAACAAAUAAUAAAUUAUUGUAAUUGGAAUGGGACAAAGAUGGUGAAUACAUUUGCAUUGUGCAGGAUGGUCUCAAUUAUGUUAAUUUAUGGGCUCCAUUUACAAGCAAUUCCCAACUGCUCCAAAUAGAGUUAGAUAAUGUGAAAGCAAAAGUGUCAUAUGCUAAGUGGUCUAAAAGUCAUGGGAUAUUGGCAAUAGGAUCGGAUAAGGGUGGUUUAUUGUUCUAUACAAAAAAACAAGCAAAGAAAUUACCUACUAUGGGAAAGCACAGCAAGAAAAUUAUUAGUGGGGAUUGGAAUAACGAGGGAUAUUUAAUAACAAGUGGAGAAGACAAAUUCUUAACAGUUUCAAAUUACAAUUCAGAAACUAUGUUUGAAUCUAUUCCUGUGAAAGCUGAAGCCAAAAAUGUAAUUUGGUCUAGAACUAAAACAGAUUCAAGGGAAUAGAAUCAAAGAACAGUCACAGCUAUUAUUCAAUAAAAAACUAUCAUAAUGUUUGAAUUAGGCAAGAAUCAUAAAAUGCCUGAUGAAUUAAUGUUUGAAAAUAAAUAUGGGAAAAUAGUAGAUUAUACAAUCUUUGGAGAUGGAUAUUUGGUCAUUGGGUUUAGUGAAGGAUACGUUGCACAUAUUUCUACACACAGAAAAGAAAUUAAGGAUGAAGUACAAAGUGAGAAACUAUUGAAGUAAGUGGAUGCUAUGUGUACAAAUGACAGUCUCUAUAAAUUGGCUGUGGCAGGAGAUGGCUGCAUCAAAAUGGUCAACCUACAAACAUGGCAAGAAGCACCCACAGAGAAAAUUGAAUUGCCUAAUGAUUGUGGUCGUGUAUCCAAAAUGGUUUGGAGUUCAAAUGGAUAAAUCUUGGUUGUGUCUACUGAGAAAGGGUGUUUAUUUGGAUUCUAAACUUCAAUACCAACCUUAACUUCUUCUUAUUCAUCAAUGAUUGCCUUGCAAUAAUCAUUCACUGAAAUCUCUAUCUAUUCAACUCAGGAGUAAUCAUUAAAUGAAAUUUCUACUGUCUCUUUGGAGAAUGAACCAAAUUAGAUUUCAAUGAGUAUGCAAUACUUUGCUGCUGGACUCAAUAAUAUGGUUUUCUAUUAUAAAUAUUUGGAAUUAAAGAAUAAAAAGGCAUUCAAACCAGCACUUCAAGUUCUGAAAAUGGAUUAUCUAGGAUAUGUCAAUCAGAUCAUCUUGAAUGAUGAAUCUGCUGCCAUCUUAAGCAAUAAUGUUUGCACUUUUCAUAAAAUUGAUAAUCUAUUCCAUUUAUAUAGAUAAUUCCCUGACAAUGAUUAAGAAAAACCUAUCUUACACAUUGGAUUAACUAAAAAUUUUCUAUUUUUAUUAGAUUCCUAAUCCAAAAUCAGAGUCUAUAAUGUUAUUGAAAAGCAAUUCAUUAUUGAAUUCAAAAAUGACUAUAAUCUCACAAAAAUCUUCCCAAAUAUUAGUGGAACAAGAUCAAUUUGCAUUAAUAAUAAGGGUUAAGGCUUUCUAUUUGAAGCUUCCCUUGAAUAAUUGACUAAGAUCUCUGAGUUCCCAGAAAAAACUGAAAAAAUCAUUUGGGAUCAAAGGGAUCCCAAUUUGUUUGUGACAUAGGAAGCUAAUCAUCUUACUACCUACAUAGUUAAUAAAAAUAAUUUAUAAUAAGAAAUGGUGCAUCCAGUUUUGGAGUAUUUGUCUAUGGAGGACUUACAAAAGACAGCUCCUCCAAACCCAUCAGUCACUGAAAUUGAUAAAGGAGUUCAAGCCCUAAGUUUAGCAAAUGGCACACUAAAAUGUUUCACCAUGACAAGAAACGUUAUGGGUUAACCAUUAAUGAGUCAUUCUUAUUUGAAGUCAUACAAAGGAGCAGAUGACACAAAUGAAGGUCAUUUCAGAUACUUUUUAUAAAACUUAGCCCUCUUUAAAUUUGCCAAUGCACAUAAGGCAGCAUUAAAUUUAAAGAAUCUAAAAUUAUUCGAUACUUUUGGUAGAAAGUGUUUAGAGAAUCUAGAAUUUGAUGUUGCCUAAAAAGCAUUCCAAGCAGCCAACAAUAUCUCUAUGGUUAUGAUGAUACAAAGCUUCAAAAAUGAAACUGAAAAGAAUUUAUUGUUUGCAUACGUAGCCAUGAUUUUAGGGUAACAUGAUCUGGCCUAAGAUUUAUUCUUAAAAUCAUCAUAUAGACUUGGAGCCCUAGAGUUGAGAAGCGAUAUCUAAGACUAUGUGAAUGCCUUGUCAUUGGCUAAGAAGAUAGCACCCGAAUAGGAGCCAUUCAUUUGCAAAAGACUUGCCAUCUAAAUUGAAACUUAAGGCAACAAUCCAGAGGCAGUCAAAAUGUAUGAGAUGGCUACCUUGAAUGAAAAGCUUCAUGAUUCCAAGACAGUUGAGAUUCAUAAUCAACAAUGUGUUGCUGGUAUUGCUCGUUGUUCAAUCAAAAUGGGUGAUAUUCUAAGAGGAUCAAGUCUUUCAAGACAAAUAUCAGAUCCUUUAAUUCUUUAGGAGAUUGCUUUGGUGUGUGAAAAUAUGAAAUUCCAAGUUGAAGCUGCUGAACUCUAUGAAUAAGCAGGCUGUAUUGAGAAGGCAGCCACCAUAUAUAUCACACAAAAGAUGUUCAAAUAGGCUGCACCAUUAAUGAAUAAAGUGAAAUCACCCAAAUUGUUGAUUUUAUACGCCAAGGCAAAAGAGAGUGAAGGAGCCUUUUAAGAAGCUGAAAAUGUUUACGAGAAGGCUGAAGAUUGGGAAAAUGUUGUUCGUUUGAAUUUAAAUUAAUUAAACAACAUCGAAAGGGCUAAAUUUAUAUUGCGUAAUAAGUGCAAGACAGUGACUCUUGCAUUAAUGGUUGCUUAAUAUUGUGAAAGAAGAGGAUCUAAGGCAGAAGCAAUUGAAUUCUUGAUAUUGGCUGAAAAGAAAGAGCAGGCAUUUGCCUUGGCUCAAAACUUUAAUGAAAUGGAUGCAUACGUGGAACACAUGAAGGUAUUCUCAUUAGAAGAACGCUUGUAAGUGGCCUCAUAUUUUGAAGGCAAAAAUUAAUAAGAUAAAGCUGCAUUUCAUUUUGAGAAGGCUUAGGAUCCAAUGAAGGCUCUGAGAUUGUAUUAACAAGCAGGAGAGGAAUUCAUUAAUGAUAUGAUAGAUUUGGUUGCUCGUAAUAAAUAGGAGAGUCUAAUUUAAAAUCUAUCAGAUUACAUUAACGGAGAUACUGAUGACAUUCCCAAGGAUCCCAUCUACUCAUUGAAAUUAUAAAAAGCCAUAGGUAAUCUAUAGGCAGUCGGAAGAAUUGCAAUUACUAUCGCAGCUUCAGAAUAGGAAUGCGGUAAAUACAAGGAGGCUCAUCAAUUUCUAUAUGAAACCUGCGAUGAUUUGAAAUCUAGCGGAAAUUAGAUCCCAUUUGAUUUAUAUUAAAAGUUGAUGACUUUGCAUUCAUACACUCUAGUUAAAAAGAUUAUGAAAUUGGAAGAACAUGAAGACUUGGCAAAACUCUUGGAUAGAGUAUGCAAAAGUAUUAGUUAAUUCCCUAAUGGUGCAACCAAUAUCCUAACUAUGGCAGUAAUUGAAGCCACCAAAGCUAAUUUUAAAUCAUUAGCAUAUUAAUGGGCAAUUACAUUGAUGAAACAAGAGUAUAGAUCUUAGAUCAAUGAGAAAUUUAAAACUAAAAUUGAAAACAUAGCAAGAAGACCCAUAAAGGAAGAAGUCCCAGAUAAAAAAACACCCUGUCCAUUUUGUGGGGAAUUCGUCUCUGAAUUUUGUUUAGAUUGUCCCAAAUGCUCAAAUAAUAUUCCCUUUUGCAUUGCAUCAGCAAAACAUAUAGUUGCUGAGCAAUGCUGUUUAUGUCCUGAAUGCAAGUUCCCUGCUAAUAUCUAAUACUUAAGAAGAAUCCUUGAAAUUGAGCCCAUUUGUCCACUUUGCCAAAAGCAAAUAAGACCUCAAGAUUUAAAGGAGGUUACAAAAGAAGAAGUACUCAAGUUAAAGAGGAAAGCUGUAGUCGAUGAAAAAAAAUAAUGA